AUGACAAAUACUAACUGGCAAAAUCAAGUGCCCAUGAUUUUCCUGAUGGAGGUUCACACUGCCAUCGUCAUUCCUUGCAUCGUUCUAACAAGCUCAAUGGUCUGCAAGCAGAUUUUGUGCUAUGCAGCUUUGGCAUUGCAGCACAUUGCACGGAUAUAUGGGUAUGCUUGCCGUAGCACCACCAGCCAUGCCAAAAUCAAAAAGGCACCAAAAGCGCCGCUCAUAAGACGAACGUUCGCAAAGCUGCAGCCAUUCCGACCACAAAAAGGUUCUGAUGACAACGAAGAUCCCAUUGCUAGUGACUCUGAAGCGACGGCUGAUCCGAUAGCAAUGUCUGACAUCCAGCAAGUUGAUGAGGCUGAUUUGGAAGCAGCAGAAAAUGCCGAAGAACUCAACCAAUGA